AUGGAGCAUGCUUCAAAAAAAAUAAAAUUAAAUAACAAUGAAAGUAAAAAUAUAUAUAUAAACAAUGCUAAUAAUAUGAGUGUUCAUAAUAUAUCGAUGAAUGCUAUUCUGUGCACAUCCCUAAACUUAGACAGUAUUUAUAAACAUUUUUCUAAUUGUGUAUAUAAUCCACGGGAAUUUAAAUGUAUGCGUAUAGAUGUUCCUGUUAGUUUAAAUACUGUGAAUAAAUAUAUUAAUUAUAUUAAAAAUAAGGAAAAAUUACAAACUGAACAAAAUAAUUUAGUAACAGAAAAUAAUAAAAAUGAAAUAUGUAUGCCUGUAGAAAAUAAUUCAAAUAAAGAUACAUUCACUCAAUUAUCUACUAUAACAAGUAACAUUAAUGAUAAUAUUAAUAUUGAACCCGAUAAUUAUUAUUCCUCUGAAAUAAAAUAUAUUGAUGAAAUUCAAAAUUUUGAAGAAAAAAAUGAUGAGGCUGAUUAUACUAGCGAAAAGCUAGUUAUCAAUGUUUCGAUUUUUUCAAAUGGAAAAAUUAUAUGCACAGGAAAUAAUUCUAUUGAAGCAUGCAAAAUAGCAAUGAAAAAAGUUGAAAAAAAAUUAAAACAAUUAAAUUUUAAAAAUAUUAAACUAAAAAAAAUAGCCAUUACAAAUAUAUUAGCUGUAUAUAAUGUGGGAUUUUCAAUUGUCCUUCCAUUAUUUGCUCAGUAUUAUAAAAGUGUCGAUUACGAUCCGAACGUCUUUCCUGCUUGCAAAGUGAAGAUCGCAUUGAGCAAUGAUGAUAAUAACAAUUCGUCUGAAUUUAAUGAGCAAAAUGAUAGUGCAUAUGCUUGGUGCACAAAUAACCAUAUAAUUGAGGCAAGUAAAAACAAAACUGAUGUAGUGUCGGCUAGUAUUUUUUCCACAGGGAAUAUAACAUUAACUGGAGGAAAGAGUUACGAUAAUUUGAAGAAAUGUAUUGAUAUAUUGUUACCUUAUUUGAUUAGAAGCAAAUCUCAGCAUUAA